UAAAACCUAUUUUUGUCGAGAGAAAAGAAAAAAGGAAAAAGAAUAGGAACUAAAAACAAACGUGGAUCGGGUCGGGUCGGGUCAAUAAAGAGAAUUAGGGGAUCGGCGUUGGCAUUUGGUUUUGGGGAUCGGAAACUCAUAAACCCCAACUCCUCAGUUUGCGAUUUCAGAGCUUUCCAACACAACCAAAAAUGGCGACCGAAGAAGAAAGCACUGUUAAGGAGCCUUUGGAUCUCAUAAGGUUGAGUCUUGACGAGCGUAUUUACGUCAAGCUUCGCUCUGACCGCGAACUCCGCGGCAAACUCCAUGCUUAUGAUCAGCAUCUUAAUAUGAUUCUAGGUGAUGUCGAAGAAAGUGUUACUACAGUAGAAAUCGAUGAUGAGACAUAUGAAGAAAUUGUUCGGACAUCCAGGCGAACGGUUCCGUUUCUCUUCGUUAGAGGAGAUGGGGUCAUAUUGGUUUCACCUCCACUGAGGACUGUGUAACUAAGCCAUCAGUCAUUUGCGUGCAUCUUUAAAGGGAACUUCUUAUUCGCCUUCUCUACCAAACUGACUGGAGUUGGAAUACUAUCAAGUACUCGACCCCAUUCAUAGACUAGGCUUAUCAUUUACUUGUUAUGCACAUGUUCUAUUACAUAAACUAGUUAGUUGUUUUGAUAUAUUUGAGUGGUAACUAUAGUUUUCUGACACUUCAAUUGACUGCACAAGUUUAGGGCCUUUCGAUUUUGAAUGCAAGGCCAAGUAAACAAAACUUGUAAUUGUGCAUCUAUAAGCUAAGCCUUGCUUGGUUUCUUAUC